GGUUCGUUCCAAGAUGGUGGACCACACGUUUUACAGUGUUCGUGCAUUCGAUAUUGAACUAAACGUCAGAAUGUAAUUCACAGUUAAAUCGGAUUAAUAAGCGAACACACGACCGCAAUAAUGGUUAUGAUGUCACCGAGGCAAAGUUGGUUUCUCUCAGGCAUAGUAAUGGCCUCGGUAACGUGGGCUUUCAGCCUUUAUCUUUACUCGAAAUUAUCCCAAAACAACAACACUGCCAAUCCUACGACGAUCGUGUUGGACAGUUCGAAAUUCGGCAAAUUAUCAGCGCUCGAUCCGAAGAUCUAUAACGAUGUACAGCACAAUUUGCAGAACAAUCUAAUCGCUCACCGCGAUAAAGAAACUGCGAUAGGCAAAAGUAUCUAUAAUCUUAAGGGAAAUAGUUAUAGAAAUAGCGAUAAGCUGUUGCGACAACUGCAGCCUGUACCGGUGAAACCUGCUGUUACACUGGGACAAGGUUUGAGCGACGAACUGGGAAUGGUAAAAAAUUUCGAGGAUCAAUGGAAACGGGACGAAGGAUAUAAAAAUUUCUCCUUCAACGUUCUAGUGUCAGACAAUAUCGGUUUGCACAGAGAGUUGCCCGACACCAGACACAAAUUGUGCAAACUGCAAGAGUAUUCGAACCGACUGCCGAACGCCAGUAUCGUCAUCUGUUUCUACAACGAGCAUUACACGACGCUCUUAAGAUCCUUGCACUCUAUCGUCGACAAAACUCCUGCAGAUCUGUUGCACGAGAUCAUCUUGGUGAACGAUUGGAGCGACAGCGAAGCUCUACACGAGCAGGUUAAAGCGUACACUUCCGGUGACAAUUUCAACGGUACGGUCAAGUUGUUUAAAACGGAACGGCGAGAGGGAUUGAUUAGGGCGAGAAUGUUCGGCGCGAGGAGAGCGACUGGGAAAGUUCUGAUCUUCUUGGACAGUCACGUAGAAGUGAACGAGAAAUGGAUAGAGCCUCUACUCUCACGGAUCGCUCACUCGAACACUAUUGUACCGAUGCCGGUCAUCGAUAUAAUUAAUCCGGACACGUUCCAAUACACCAGCAGCCCUCUCGUGAGAGGUGGAUUCAACUGGGGCUUACACUUUAAAUGGGACAAUCUGCCGGUUGGAACGCUGGCGCACGACCAAGACUUUGUAAAGCCUAUAAAGUCCCCGACGAUGGCCGGAGGAUUGUUCGCGAUCGACAGAGAGUAUUUCACAAAGUUGGGAGAGUACGAUGCUGGAAUGGACAUCUGGGGCGGCGAAAAUCUCGAAAUCUCGUUCAGAAUAUGGAUGUGCGGCGGCAGUAUCGAAUUGAUACCGUGCUCGAGAGUCGGGCACGUGUUCAGAAGGAGGAGACCAUACGGCGCGUACGACCAACACGAUACCAUGCUGAAAAAUUCGUUGCGCGUCGCGCACGUAUGGCUAGACGAGUACAAGGAUUACUUUUUAAAGGGCAUCAAGCAGAUCGAUUACGGCGACAUCUCCGACAGGCUAAAGUUACGAGAACGAUUGAAUUGCAAGAAUUUCGAAUGGUAUUUGAACAAUGUGUAUCCCGAGUUAGCAUUGCCAGAUGACGGCAACGAUAAAUUGAAAGACAAACGUCGGGUCAGAGUCGAACAGAAACCGAUGCAACCGUGGCACUCUAGAAAAAGGAAUUACACCGACGAGUAUCAAAUCAGACUUUCGAAUUCCGCGUUAUGCGUUCAAAGCGAAAAGGAUAUCAAAACGAAGGGCUCAAAACUUGUCCUGGCACCGUGCUUGAGAAUUAAAUCGCAGAUGUGGUACGAGACCGACAAGAAAGAACUGGUACUAGGACAGAUGCUCUGCAUGGAAGCGGUCGAAAGAAUACCGAAACUUGGCAAAUGCCACGAGAUGGGAGGCAAUCAAGAGUGGCUUCAUAAAAAUGCUAACGGUACACCUGUUUAUAACAUGGCAGCUGGUACGUGUUUAGGAGUGCUGCGAGGUGCAACAAGUGCUCAAGUUAUAAUGGAUCUGUGCAAGAAGACUGACACGAGCUCCAUAUCGUGGGAUUUGGUACGCUCAAAAAUUUACUCGAACGAAAUGAGAUGAUACCGGAGAAUAUCAGAACGAGAAAGAACGAAAAAGAGUACUAUACUAUGGAGAAAAUGAAAUUGGUAGAACGAUAAAUUCCGAGGGGUAUUUGUGAUAUAAAUCGGCUUAUUGUACAAGUUUUUCGAUUCUUUUUAUACUUUACCGUUUAUACGUUCUUCUUUUUAUAAAACCAUGUGGCUUCAAAUAAACACGAGAUCGUUGACAUACCUUU